ACCUAUCCAUCAUGUCAACUUCUGCUGCCUCAACAGCAUUCAAGAAUGCCCACAGAUUGCAUGUCCAAUCUUUGUACAAGCGCUCCUUGAAGCUUUCCCUCGAUUGGUACAUUCAGCGCGACUUGUGGCGCCAAAAGGCACUCGACAUUCGCGCUCAGUUCGAACGCAACAAGCAUAUUACCAGCCCAAAGGAACUCCAGGCAAUCAUUGCCAAGACUGAGCAGGAACUCAAAGACUGGGCACAUCCCGAUCCAUACAAGCUGCCUAUGGGCCCUGAGGGUACCAAGUGGGAGCGUAACUUGCCUCCUCUUAUGGAUUUCCCUACCCCCUCUGGAUCCCACCAUUAGAAACAAUCCGAGAGGAACUGGUGUUGCACACAAUAAACAAUGCGGCCUUUUUUAUAUGUUGGAUAUAUACACAUACACGUUUUUUUUUGAUGUUCUACGUUUUUACUUUAAGAAACAUUGGGUGAAUAAGCGUGUGGAAUGGGCGGGUAACUUCUUUAUAGCUCUUAUAAGCCAGCUGGUAAAGUUCUAUUAUCAAUGAGUAAAUAAAGAGUGCACACAUACAGAC